UUUUCCAGAGAGCUGUUGAGAGCAUAACGUAAUGCGCGCGUCUAGUUGUGGGAAGUACCUAUUGUUAACUGUUACAUCUACCUGUACCUACAGGUUGAGGCAGGUAGUGGUUUAUGAGAAGAUGGUGCUGGGUGUUAAAUCGGUUUUUGUACUUUAGGCGAUUUCGGAUAUACCUGGAACUUGUAGUUUUUAUGUUUCUUUCCUCACGAAAAGCAGGAAAUGUUUUACACUUUGGCUAACAAGGGAAGUGUUGGGUCUCAUAAGACGUGCGAUUACAGAACAGAGAUUUGCUGAGAACGAAUUGUUCAUGUGCAUAUGUAUUUUUUGUUUUUCUUUUUUUAACGUCAAUAAGAGAUAAUAGGUGUGGAAUGGAAAUUGCAAGGCUUGCUUGCUUGUAGCAGAUUGAUAAGGCUCCCUGUCUCCUAGCAACCAGUAGGCCCAUUAUUACAAAGAAGCAGCUCUCUGUGUCUGUAACAGGGUGAAUAUUCGAAUGUCUCAAAUUCAAAUCCUCAAAAAGACACUGCUUGUUCCCUGGCAUAACUAUGCCACUCAUCCUAAAACUGAUGGGAGUUAUGAUCCUUGUUUACUCUGAAACUUCUGGGGCAGUGACCCCUUUGACACCACUUGGCCUCAAGACUUCAGGCACCCAAGCCAGCAGCGCAGCAUUCAAAUAUCUCAGUCAGGUUUCUCCACUCCUCCAUGAUGGCUGUUGCUUUGACUUCUUGGAUGAAAAUGGCACUUGUAAUCAGUGUAAAUCAGGUUGUUACAUGCAUGUUUAUGAGAAUGGCAGCUCCAGCUGUAUACGAUGCAACAAUGAAACUCAGCCGGACGUCAACUCAACAUACUGCAGUGACGUGCAUUCCACUGACUAUGACCUGGAAUCAAAAUCUGGUACGGGUGUGCCAACACUGGACAGAAUUGGAGGACCUGGGGUGGCAGCCUCCCUUCUUCUGGGUACCUUGUUUAUCAGUUUAUUUUUAAUACUGUCUGUGGCUUCAUUUUUCUACUUUAAGAGGUCCAAGAAACUUCCAGAUGUUUUCUAUAGAAGAAAUAAAGCUUCUAUACUGCAACCUAGUGAAACGGCAGCAAUGAUAUAUACUCACACAUCUUCAGUGCGAAAACCCAGGUAUACCAGAAGAGAGAGAUCAUCUGCAAUGAACUCUGCUGUCCCGAUCACAUCAACAGAAAGCAGAGUCAGCAAUGUUUGACCUUACUUGAAACAUUACUUGCAGGCCAAGUUGUGGUGCACUAUCACCAUGUUGUUUGAACAGAUAAGAAUGCUGCCAAACAUAUUAUGAGCUGUCACAUUUGUCUUUCUCGUUUACACCCAAGAAGCACAACAGCUUAAUUUAUUUUCCACUCGAUACCAAAAGGACAAGUAGCAUCAUUGUUUGACAUGGCGAUAGUCUUUUGUAACAUUUACAAUUGCUGGAUCAUGGUUUUAGAAUGUUUAGAUUUUGAAUAAGCUUGUCAAAACGGUGCCUGUUCAGUGAAGAGGCCUAGUCGUUUCUCCACGAGUGUAGCUCAUAUUUUUGUAUGCACUGGACAUUGAUGGGCGUUCAUAUGAAUGCACGAGCAUGCAUUCAGAAAACGCAGAGGUUUUUUUGGUGGUGUAGAGGGCAGCUGCUCAGGUAAAAGAAUUCAUUAACUCUUCUUGUUUACACAAGUGAUCCCUGCUUGUUUGCCACACUAUCAGAACCUGGUCUUUUUUAGCCAGGAAACCCUUCAUGCCUCGGGGUCUGUAAGAUGGCAUAAAGAGCAAUAAGGGCUAAAAAUGGCAUUUGUUCCCUUCAUGAAAUGUUUUGUUGCACUACUGUGUUCUUCACUGGAAACUGACAUUUGUGUAUUCACCAGCAUCUGGUUCCUGUACAGUUCAUUGUGUCCAAAAUAUGGCACGUUGGAGCUGUGAUGGACAUUUCUUCUUAAAUGGAGUAGUGUAUCCCAGAUGCACACAGCUGGUGUUUGAUCAUCAUUUAACUUCAAGCACCAAAAGUGGGUUGGCUUCUUUGAAAUUAAGUGCGGAUGUUGUUGGAUGAUACUGUAAGAAUGUAAAACUGAGUUAAUAAGUGGAACAGAACUAUAUAACCGCUAAUGGUACUUAACUAGAGCGUUAAUAUAAAGUACUGCAAAAGUGCAAGUAGGAAGGAUCUGGCACUGAAGAGUACACCUGAGGAAAGACCACCAGGAUGCUACCUCACCUUCCUUUGUGUGGGAGGGAGCUUUUAUACUGAUCUAAGAAAUAUUUUCAGCUUUGAAGAGUGUUCACACUACUGAAUGACUGAAGUAAAAUGUGUAGUACUGCUUAAGUUGUGUUUUAUGCUGUCGGGUAAUAGAACGUUAUCAUGAGACUGCAGGAGAAGUAAUUUUCAGAAUUUCUAGUUUUUUUAUAUCAGCCAGAAUAGUGAAAGUGAAUAUGUUUUGUUAGUUUACCAGGAUUCACAAAUGUGUGUGAAUGCUGGGGACUGUUACUUUUUUAUGUAAAUAUUUUCUUCAUUGAAUUAGAGACUGUGCAAGUAAAAACUGUUAGAGAACAAUCUCCAGAAGAAAUAUUUGAACUUGACAGUUUAUGUACAGAUUAUUUGCUUUCACUGAAAUUAAGAAUGUUGCUGUGAUUCACAUUCAAAGUCUGAUUGUUUGACAAUAGAUGUACUAUUAGUAAUGAACGGUUUGGGUACUUAAUGUACUUUUGGGGCUGCAUAAAGGAAUUGCCAGCCAGGCCGAAUUCUGAAGUUACCAAAGGAUUUUUGGGAGUAAAUGCAAGCUGCUGUCAUAGGCGGGUACAUCAGUGCUCUGUGUUGGUCAGUAAUCUCGCAUGUUGUUAACAAAUGGUAUAAACAGAGAAUCUGCUGCCAAUAUUACUUUUAGUGUUGUCAUACCAGCAUCGAAUGCAAUGCUUUUAUGCUUUUUUUUCCCUUGCUGACCAGAAUUGUAACUGGUGGUAAAUUUUUUGCUUGUGGCUGCAAAUUGUAAAAUAUUAUGAAAUGUCAUUCUUCAAGUGAUGUGACCUACAGGUUGUUUUCUUGCUCUAGGAAAAUGAAGUCAGUCUUUCUAGUACAGUCAGUGAAAUCCAUAGCUUACUGACAUAUGAGUGCACCAUGGUAGGAUCAAAUAAUGGCUGCUUCCAGGUGAACUGCUGUGUCCGUGAUCUUCCCCCAGUUACUUAGGGCUCGACCCCCUGUGUCCGUGAUAGGGCUCGACCCCCUGUGUCCGUGAUCUUCCCCCAGUUACUUAGGGCUCGACCCCUGUGUCCGUGAUCUUCCCCCAGUUACUUAGGGCUCGACCCCUGUGUCCGUGAUCUUCCCCCAGUUACUUAGAGCUCGACCCCUGUGUCUGUGAUCUUCCCCCAGUUACUUAGGGCUCGACCCCUGUGUCCGUGAUCUUCCCCCAGUUACGUAGGGCUCGACCCCUGUGUCCGUGAUCUUCCCCCAGUUACUUAGGGCACGACCCCUGUGUCCGUGAUCUUCCCCCAGUUACUUAGGGCUCGACCCCUGUGUCCGUGAUCUUCCCCCAGUUACUUAGGGCUCGACCCCUGUGUCCGUGAUCUUCCCGCAGUUACUUAGGGCUCGACCCCUGUGUCCGUGAUCUUCCCCCAGUUACUUAGGGCUCAACCCCUGUAAGAGUCUGAUAGUGCUUUCAGAAUGAUUAUAGUGCAUGAGAAUAGCUAAGCACAAAUUCAGCACAACCUCUUUCCCCUUUCCCCAACCUCCCAUGUCAGCAGUCAUAAAAUUUUUUGUAAGAUGUGUAUGCUUAAAAGGAAGUUAUACUGGAGAGUCAUCCUCUUCUGAGAAAAAUAAAUGUAGCUUCAUAGCUUGAAAGACUGUUAUAAUCAUGUUUGACUUCAGCAGUUUAAAUGACACUUUCCUGAGGUCUUUACCUUUUCCUCACUUUUGUCAUCAAGUGUAUGUUUUUGCUAUUUUGCUAUAGUCUGCAGAAAGAAGUAGCAAUCAUGUUCUGCUUUGUCGUGUGUAUACCACUGCUGCAGUCAAAUGCAUGACAUCAGUUUUAUGUACCCAUUCCAGUUUCCAAAAAUCUAUUCUGUACAGUCGAUAUAAAAAGUUUUCAAAUCCCUAUUAAAAUGCCAGGUUAUUGUGAUAUAAGAGACCACAAUAAAUCGUUUUUUCCCACCUUUAAUGUGGCCUAUAGCC